UGGUAGUUUUCCUCUUUCCUCCGCAAAGAAUCCAUUACCAAUCACACACACACACACUCUCUCUCUCUCUCUCUGACUUUCUCUCUCUACAAUGGCGUCAACGCAACACCAUCUCCUCCUCCGCCUCUCCAUCCUCCUCGGCCUCCUCGCGAUCGCCGCCAACGCCAGACCCGGCCGCUUCCACCCCUGUAAAACCCUAAUCUUCUUCACCACCACCACCACCACCACCACAUCCUCCUCCACUCCCCUCCAUCAAAACCCUAAUUUCCCAAUCCAAGAGAAUCAAGGUCGAUUCCUCACCUUCUUCUUCACCGAGGUCAGAGAACUCGACCCCAAACCCCGCCUCCCCUCCCACCUACCCCACCUCCCCUUGUACGACACCACCAUCGUCGAUCGCGCCUCCGACGCUGACGCCGACAUCGAGAAACGCCCCUUGCCUUUGGGGUUCUACUCCUCCGUCGGCGCUUCCUUCCGCGAUCGCUCCAAGGACGUCCUCAGCGCCGUCUGGGCUCUGCUGUUAGGCGUCGGCUGCGGCACUCUCACCGCCGUGACCAUCUACAUUUUCUGGUCCGCCAUUGUUCCCAAUCGCUUCGAGUUCCGUGAUUCCGAUGAUGAGUUUGAUGAUGAUGACAAUGACGAUGACGAUGUCAAGCCGAAGAUGGGCUACGUCGCGAUUCCUGCUGAGGCUCCCCUGAAGCCUGCAAAAGAAGUGGCAUGAUUGAUGAGAAUUGGGGUGGAUUGAUUUGGUAUUUGGUUUCUCAAAAGUUUGUUCUCGUAAGCGUCCGUUAUUAUACUAGUUUUGCUUUUAUCCGUGUUAAUCAACUUAUAAAUCUCUAAGUAUUGUUAUUAAAUACAUUAAAAUCGCCUGUAUUCACACUUCUAUAUCACACAUUUUAUUUCUGUUGUUAUUUGAAGCUAUUGAUGAUUCUGUUAUAAUGUCA